GUUUUCCUUUUAUUUGUGGCAGUCCAAAUAAAAAUUUUUAGAAAAAGAAUAUGUACGAAUACCCUUCUUACAAGUUGGUCUUAGCAAUUGAAAGGUUUGAUAAUAUAAGGUACCUAAUAUUGUUAUGAUUCAUGUUCACAGUAUUUAAUUGAAAAACAAACAAUAGAGGACGUAAUAUGGAACCAUUAGGAAUAACUACUGAUGAUUGCGGGAUAAAUUCCAAGUAUAAUGAUAAAAUACACAAAUUGUCUUCAAUCCCACUCAAUAGACAUGACGAUCAAGUAUGUAACGGAAUUAUUAAACAGGAAAAUAUUGAUGAACAAGACGUAUUUAAUGGAAUUAUCAAAGAGGAAAUUAUUGAAGAAAUAGACCAUGACAAUGAUAGUCGAUCAUUUCAAAAAGGAACUAAAACUGAAAAGAAUAUUAACACAAUUGAUACCCAAAUAAAAACUGAAGUAAAUUGUAUUGACUGUUUUGAAUUUGAAGGAACAGUUUUAAGCGAAAGCAAUUCUGCAGAUUUCAUUACUUGUAUGAAUUUGGACUUGACAUCAAACUGCGUAAGGAAAAAUCCAUUGGAUAAUACAGCGUCCAAAUUAACAAAGAGUACAAGGACAUGCACAGGUGAAAAAUCGUAUAAAUGUGAUAACUGUGAUAGAGCGUUUUCUCAGAAAUCAAGUUUAAUAAAUCAUACAAGGACACACACCGGCGAAAAGCCUUAUAAAUGUGAUAUAUGUGAUAAAGCGUUUUCUCAGAAAUCAAGUAUAAAAAAUCAUACAAGGACACAUACGGGCGAAAAGCCGUAUAAAUGUAAUAACUGUGACCAAGCGUUUUCCCAGAAAUCAAAUUUAACAAUGCAUACAAGGACACAUACCGGCGAAAAGCCGUAUAAAUGUAAUAACUGUGAUCAAGCGUUUUCUCAGAAAUCAAGUUUAAUAAAUCAUGCAAGGAAACAUACCGGUGAAGAGCCGUAUAAAUGUGAUGAAUGUGAUCGAGCUUUUCCCCUGAAAUCAAGUUUAAUAAGGCAUACAAGGACACACACAGGCGAAAAGCCGUAUACAUGUGAUAACUGUGAUCAAGCAUUUUCUCAGAAAUCAAGUUUAAUAAAUCAUUUCAUGACACAUACGGGCGAAAAGCCGUAUAAAUGUGAUAACUGUGAUAAUGCGUUUUCUCAGAAAUCAAAUUUAACAAUGCAUACAAGGACACACACCGGCGAAAAGCUGUAUAAAUGUGACAACUGUGAUCAAAUGUUUUCUCAGAAAUCAAAUUUAACAAAGCAUACAAGGACACAUACCGGCGAAAAGCCGUAUAAAUGUGAUAACUGUGAUAAAGCGUUUUCUCAAAAAUCAAGUUUAAUAAAUCAUUUCAGGACACAUACGGGCGAAAAGCCGUAUAAAUGUGAUGAAUGUGAUCGAGCUUUUUCCCAGAAAUCAAGUUUAAUAAUCCAUGCAAGGAAACAUACCGGUGAAAAGCCGUAUAAAUGUGAUUAUUGUGAUAGAGUUUUUUCUCUUAAAAAAAAUUUAAAAUGGCAUACAAUGACACAUAACAGAUAAAUACCGUAUAAACGUGAUAUCUGUUACCAAUGGUUUCCUCUUCGAACACAUUUAUAUCAAUCAAGACAUAUAAAAAUAAUUUUUUUGCCUUACAGUUUAUUUUAUAAUUUAAAUAACAUAAAAAUGAGUUCUUUAUCAUCAAUAUAAUAUAACAUUAGUUACUACGAUAGUAAAUAAUAACCAAUUAUUACAAUACCAAAUUAACAAAAAAGACACACUCCAUAGUCUGAUAUCAUCAAACAUUUUACGUAAUAAUAAACAGUGAAUUCAUAGACUACUUCCACAUCUAUACAGACGCUUCUUAAACAGCAAAUGAAACCGGCUUCAUCAUGACACAUACCGAAGAUGACAGUCUCCAUAAAAUCGUCCCUUUCUCCAGCAUAUCUACUGCAGAAACUUUCGCGGUACUCGAAGCUAUAAUUAUCUCAUUCUCCAAAAACCACAAUAAUGUCCUCAUCUUAAGCGACUUUUUUAGCGGAAUCAUCUUAAUUACCAUCGUACGUACAAAAUGCAACUAGCCCGAAGCAUUCAGAAUUCAAUCCUUACAAACCACAAAACUAUCAAACUAUUCGAACUCAUGUGGGUUUCAUCACAGACUUUAUCAAGGUAACCGGGCUUACAGCGAACAUCUAGAACAAUGGAUCGACGACACCUCACUAUAAUAAUUAAAUAAAUCUUUAAAAAAAAAUGUUGAAAAUUGAAUGUAUUGAAUUUAUGGACACGAUUGUCGAC